AAACAGUGCUUAGAACCACUUCAAGGUGUUUGUUUACUUCGAGUUCAGAAUAGAAUCCUCAUCAUGGAUACGUUUAAACUGCUCUUAACUGUGGCAGUGUUUUUCUGGAUAUGCUUCCUAUGGAGUCGUCGCAGGCUCUAUAUGCUACAAUUUAAGGUGCCAGGACCCAUAGGACUUCCACUUCUGGGCGCUGCCUUCGAGUACCUGAUCAUCUAUAAACGUAAAAUCGGCAUACGGACCAAGUAUAUGGAUACUUACGGUUCAACGUGUAUGUUGUGGUUUGGACCCACGCCAAUAAUAAUGACACGGGAUCCAAAGAUUGCCGAGGAAAUCUUCAUGUCCCCAGAUUGCCUCAAUAGGAGCUCCCUACUUUCCAAACCGAUUGCUAGCUCUACAGGAGAUGGCAUAAUGUCAUUAGCAGGAUCCAAGUGGGCUGAACGGCGCAAGAACUUGAAUCCCACAUUCAAGCAAAAUGUUUUGCUGAGUUUUCUUCCCAUUUUCAAUGCUGAGUCGAAAAAUUUGGUGGCCUUUCUGGACUCAUUAGUCGGUCAGGGUGAAAAAAAGGUUCAAGAUGAUAUAGUAAGAUGGUCGUUUAGAAUAGCCACUCAAACCACAGUAGGAACUGAUGUGAAGCAAGAAGCGGCCUUCAAGAACGAUUCAGUUUUGAGAAGUUUCGAGACGCUAAUGAAAAUUAUCGUCAUGAAUGUUGUGUUGCCAUUCACGCACAACAAGCUAAUUUCAACGCUGAGCGGAUUUCAUAUGGAGAAAGCUUCGGCCCAGACCAAAAUUAACAAGAUGAUAGGCACAAUAGUUGACAAUAAGUUAGUGUCAAAGCCAAAAAGUGACUCACAUCCUGAAUUUAGCUCUGUGAUUAAUAAGACCCUCGAACUCCAUCGCAAUGGAGAAAUGUCCGUAGACGAGGUGCGAUCCGAGUGCGGUUCUAUGGUUGCCGCUGCCUUUGAGACAACUGGUGUCACGGUGUUUCACGCCCUCACCCUGCUGGCCAUGUUCCCGGAGCACCAGGAUACGAUCUAUCAGGAGCUCAAGGAGCUGUUUCCCAUGGCCGGCGACUUUGAGGUGACCUACGACGAUUUGCAGAGAAUGGUUUAUCUGGAGCGGGUGUUAAGCGAAGCCUUGCGCUUGAUUCCAUCUGUUCCAUUUACACCGAGAGAAACAACCAAGGAUUUCCGGCUAUCCACUGGGGUGGUCAUUCCAAAAGGACUCACCAUCGCGGUCGACAUUUUUGCCACCCAUCGCAACCGGGAUCAUUGGGGUCCCAACCCAUCUAUGUUCAACCCAGAUCACUUUCUGCCCGACAAUGUGCGCGAUAGGCAUCCUUACGCUUACAUUCCAUUUUCGAAGGGAAGGCGAAAUUGUAUAGGUUGGAAAUACGGAUUGAUGUCAUCCAAGCUUGCUUUGUCUAAGAUACUUAGAAACUACAAAGUAAGCACUUCUUAUCGAUACGAAGAUCUCGAAUUCGUUGACAACAUGGGAAUGAAACUGGCUCAAUCGCCUGGACUAGAAUUUCAUCGUCGGACUUAGAAAACACUUUACAUUUAAGUAUUUUUAAUAGAUUUCCUAGAUAUAAAUUAUUGAUGGGACUAGUUUUCUGUUACUGAGCCUUAUCGUAAAUAAUUACGUUACGUGUUAUUAGUUCGAGUAUAUAAAAAUAUAAUAUAAAUCCAAAA